UCUGAAACCACGACAGGGGAUCCAUGAACGUGCCCCAUCUUGAUUCUAGAGCUUUUAUCGUAUUUUACGAAAACUCGUUGAAUAUUACUUUUACAUUUCAAGGGAAGACACUUCAAGAAGCUCUCGAAGAAGUCGCCAUGGCUAUACCUAUGCUACUGGCGCUCACAAUUGCCCCUGCUCUGCUAGGAACACAAGAGGCAAUCCGACAAAGUCAGUCCAAGAAUAAACGGGAAGAGCACCGAGCUCGUCGUUGCAAUCUUGUCGUUUCUUGCGUGAAGCAGUCAAUCCGCAGUCGAGAUAUAAAUGGCAAGAUAGUCGUUCUAAAGGAUAACAAGCUCUAUAUUACCACUGGGAACCUAUCUGCGGACGAUAAUGCGGCGAAUACUACAAGCAGUGGACAUCCGUUUGCAGGAUAUUAUUUACCAUACCCUGACAAAACAUACGAGGGUAUUGUUAGCACUAUAAGCGACGACCCACCAAUGCUGAACUGGAUAUAUGUCGACAAGGACACAUACGAAGUGAAGUAUGGCGUCCGCGCCGAUGCGCAACCCCAUAUAACAGGACCAUUCGAUUGCACCCGGCAGGACCGGCGCAUGACUCUAGAAGGCUGGGAAGGGUUUGCUGCAGUUGAGGAGUUCCCGGGAGUCUGGGCGCUAUAUUUCGACCGCGACGACGAUGGCUUAACAACUAAAGUCCCAAUGGGAACUAGAGUACUCGAAGUAGAACUGACCCGACGAGAGAAGAAAGAGCGCAAGCCCGAGCCAGACCCGAACCAGGCGCAGACUCUAAAUGAGAAGAUGAGACAGCAUAAGGAGCAAACUCAAAGAGAGGAAGAGGAGAAGCAAGAAAUGCUUCGUACACAGCAACAGACUAAUACGAAUGAGCGAAGAGACGAAGGGCCACCGCAACAGGAUAGAGGCACUACAGAAUAUCAGGCUACAGGAGAGGCAGAUGUAGGCGGCGCACAGCUUGAUCUAAGCAAUCUACACCUCAACCCCGGUUCCCACGCAGAGCAUCCACCUGGUACUGUCCCUCACUCGCCCAGCGUAUUGACCGACAACGUCUCAUUCUGGUCCGCGGCUAGGAAAGCCGACGGUCUCAGCGACACCGCGUCUGUCACAGCAGCCAGCUCCAUCGCCGACAGACUAGAUGCUCUCGAAGAGCAAGCUAAUGAGUUAAGAGAACCUGGGUAUAAACAGCCUUAUGUUGAAGACGAAGCCGUCUGGGAAGAGCAUGUAAACAGUUCAUAG